UGCCUGCUGCUUCUGCUGAGACGACUCGAAGCAAGAAAAAUAUCAAUCCCCACAUCCUCUUACGGCAGCGCGGCCUCCCGCUCCCACAAGCGGCGGCCGGCGGGACGGACGUGGGAUUCGCGGCGGAGCCGAGCACGCAAUUGCAGUGCGCUGCGGCCGUACGCGCUCGCAAGGUCGAGCUGACAAGGUCGGCUCGGCGGAGCCAGCUGGAGGGGCUGAGGGAGGCCGAUCCCCCCGGGCUGCACUCAAGGUGUUCGUCGGAUUGCCGCGCCGGCUCAAGCGGCCGACCGCGCGGUGCUUCCUCCGUGCCACGUGCCUGUAGCACGGGCGGUCGCAGCGCCCAGCGAGGGGCGGGCGGAAGAGGCGAGGAGAGAGUUCUUUGCCGGCCAUGUCAUCUCUGGCGAGCUGGCCGCCUCUCUCCGCGCUGCCAGACGGCGUUUCCCUGGCACCAGCAUUGGUGAAGACCGUCGGCGCCAAGUUCCUUCACAGCAGAAGCUUUGGUCUUCGGUCUACUGCUCGGGUCUCUUGCGCUGGGUCAUCCAAAGGAAGUGUCGCCAAGGAAUCGGCGUAUGGUAAGCAGCAGGCGUACGGAGAGGACGCCGCUGCGGAUAAGGAAGAGGGUGGUUCGGAAUGGGGCAAAGAUGAGAUCGAGGCCAUCUCGGCGCUGUUUGCCCGGCCGAUGCGCCGGAAGCCAGUGAAGCCGCCGAACCCGGCGACACAGCGGCCUCUCCCGCUGCCGCUGCCCCACAAGACGAGGCCACCCAUCACUCCAGCACCGACGCAGCACGUCCGGCUGGCUUCGCGCUCCAUGUUCAGCGACAAGGUGCGCAAGAACCCCGAGGUCCUCGUCGGGAUUGCCAAGGAGAUUGCCGCGCUCCCCCCGGAGUCCGAUGUGUGCAAAGUGCUGGACCGUUGGGUCCCCUUCCUCCGGAAAGGCUCCCUGUCCAUGACCAUCCGGGAGCUCGGGCACAUGGGGCUUCCUGAGAGAGCGCUUCAGACACUGUGUUGGGCACAGGGGCAGAAGGCAGUGCCUCUGUUCCCUGAUGACCGGAUCCUCGCUUCGACCAUCGAGGUUUUGGCGCGCUUCGACGAGCUGAAGAUGGAGUCUGCGCUUGAGGAGUGCGUCCCCUCGGCGAGCCGUGCUGUCCUCGAAGCCAUGGCGAGGGGGUUCAUCAGGGCAGGCAAAGUAGGCCUGGCACGCAAGCUCCUUGAACUUGCCAGGAUGAACAAGAGGACACUGCACCCGAGCAUCUACGCAAAGCUGAUUCUGGAGGUUGCCCGGACACCUGAAGGCUAUGGGCUCGCUGCUGCACUGCUCGAUGAGCUCGGUGAGAGGCCAGACUUUGACCUGCAACAGCAGGACUGCACAGCUGUCAUGAAGGUCUGCAUAAAGCUCAGGCGGUACGCAGCCGUGGAGAGCCUGUUCAGCUGGUUCAGAGGGUCUGGCGGGAACCCAACUGUUGUGAUGUACACUACAGUGAUCCACAGCCGCUCCCGUGAUGGGAGGCACCGAGAGGCGUUGGCCCUGGUUUGGGAAAUGGAACAGGCAAACUGUCUUCUUGACCUGCCGGCGUACCGGGUCAUCGUGAAGCUGUGUGUGGCAUUGCGUGAUCCAGAAAGGGCUUUUCGGUACCUGUCGAGGUUGAAGGAGGCUGGAUUCGUUCCGACCAGUGACAUAUACUGUAAUCUGAUUGAAGGCUAUGCCGCAGCGGGGAGGAUGGCCAGGUGCCGGCAGCUGAUCAGGGAGGCUGAGUCAAUCGGCGUGUUGCUGGACAAAAGGCUAAUUUCAAGCUUGUCUGAGAUGGGUGAUAGACAUCCUUAAACCACUGGAAAGUAAAAAUCUGCGCUUGUGUAAUUAUCUAGAGGAGAUAUCAGGACUAAUCUGAACAGAUAACUUGGCGUAUUCUGAGUUUAGUGAGGUCCAUAUUAAACGGCUUCUUGGAAAUUGACAAGGAGUCAAUGUUUGGUCAUAUUUUAUCCUUCUUAAGAGGACCUGAAUUGUUCUCUGCAUACAAGGGCACACUUAUGUAAUAGGCUUAAUUUGCAUUACUGGCUAAUCAUAUUUUUUCCAAUUUUUUUAACAGUGCAGAAUCUAUGUGAAGCUUGUUAGUGUUCAUCGUGAAAUUUUAUGCGUGGGUCCAUGCAGAGCAAAGGAUAUGCUCCUCCCUGUAUAUAUUUUCUGUUGCAAUGACUCUCAGUUUUGUUCUA